AUGUCCUCUCCGGUUAAGGAUGAGCAAUCGGAUGCGAUGCUGGAGGCGUUGAUUGCCAAAGAAAUCCUUCCCCAAUCUGGAAAUUGGGAGGGAACUGAGGAGUUCUUGAAUCGUGUGGUCCAGGUGCUUCUGAAGUACAUCAAGGAUCAAAAUGAUCGUGAUCAGAAGAUUCUGGAGUUUCAUCAUCCGGACAAAAUGCAAAUGUUGAUUGAUUUGUCGAUUCCCGAGCAGCCGGAGAACUUGUUGAAGCUGGUUAAGAGCUGCGAGGAUGUGCUCCGUUUGGGAGUCCGUACUGGCCAUCCACGUUUCUUCAACCAGAUUUCAUGCGGAUUGGAUUUGGUUUCAAUGGCUGGCGAGUGGCUCACCGCCACUGCCAACACCAAUAUGUUCACCUACGAAAUCGCUCCGGUCUUCAUUCUAAUGGAGAAAUCGGUGAUGACUCGUAUGUGGGAAGCAGUUGGAUGGGAUCCAGAAAAAGCCGAUGGAAUAUUUGCUCCAGGCGGAGCCAUUGCCAAUCUCUACGCGAUGAAUGCCGCUCGCCAUCAACUCUGGCCGCGUAGCAAACAUCUCGGAAUGAAGGAUAUUCCAACAUUGUGCUGCUUUACCAGCGAAGAUGAAAGUCACUACUCAAUCAAAUCCGCCUCCGCAGUGCUUGGAAUUGGCGCCGAUCACUGCUUCAACAUUCCAACCGACAAAAACGGAAAAAUGAUUCCAGAAGCAUUGGAAGCAAAGAUAAUCGAAUCCAAGAAAGAGGGUCUAACCCCAUUCUUUGUCUGCUGCACAGCCGGUACUACAGUAUACGGUGCGUUUGAUCCAUUGGAGCGAGUUGCCAACAUCUGUGAGAGACACAAGCUAUGGUUCCAUGUCGAUGCAGCAUGGGGUGGUGGAAUGUUGCUUUCCCCGGAGCAUCGCUAUAAGCUAGCUGGUGUCGAGAGAGCCAACUCGGUCACCUGGAACCCCCAUAAACUCAUGGGAGCCCUUCUUCAAUGCUCCGCCUGUCUUUUCCGUCAGGAUGGACUGCUUUUCCAGUGUAAUCAGGCAUCAGCAGACUAUUUAUUCCAACAAGACAAGCCUUACGAUGUUAGUUAUGAUACUGGAGACAAGGCUAUCCAAUGUGGACGUCAUAACGAUGUCUUCAAGCUUUGGUUGAUGUGGAAGAGUAAGGGAAUGGAGGGAUAUCGCCAGCAAAUCAAUAAGCUUAUGGAUUUAUCUGCCUACUUUACCAGAAGAAUCAAGGAGACUGAAGGUUUCGAGUUGAUCAUUGAGAAUCCGGAAUUCCUGAACAUUUGCUUUUGGUACGUUCCAUCCAAGAUUCGCAACUUGGAACCAGCCGAAAUCAAGGCUCGUUUGGAGAAAAUUGCUCCAAAAAUCAAGGCUGGAAUGAUGCAGCGGGGAACUACAAUGGUUGGGUACCAGCCGGACAAACAGCGUCCGAACUUCUUCAGAAUGAUUAUUUCUAAUCAAGCCAUCACCCGCGAGGACUUGGACUUCCUUAUUAAGGAAAUCGUCGACAUUGGGGAGUCCCUUGAAUAA